AUGGAGACGUCGAUGGAAGACGACAUGGCUGUAUGUGUAGACCCCCUUGCCGACCUCUCGGCCUACACGACCAGCGCAGCGCCCGCGGCAACGGCCGCCGAUAUCUUCCGCGACGAAGACGCGUUCUCAUGGCUCUUCCUGACCUCCGACUUGGCGCCGCUCGACCAGAGCAUCUCGUUCCCGACCGACGAAGACCUCGUGGACCUGACCGAGCCCAACCCGGUCGACAUGUCGGCGUCGUCCCAGCCAUCGGUCAUGCCCAUCUCGUCCGGCAUCCCGCCCUUCCUGAAGCGCGAUACAAGCAACAGCCUCGACUCCGUGCUUGCGUCCGACUCGGACUCGGGCUCGGACUCGGACCAGUCGCAGGACAGCGCGUUCUCGAACUCGACCGUUGGCACGUCCGAUGUCUUGAACAAGAAGAAGCGCAAGCGGCUCGCGCGGAACCGCGACUCGGCGCGCGAGUCCCGGAAGCGGCGCCUCGCGCGCAUCCAGCAGAACGAGAUUCGACUGAAGAAGCUCGAGAUGGAAAACAUUGAGCUCAAGAUGCGCUUGAAGAUCGGGAAGGAAGCCAUCUUGUCGAACGCGAGCGAGGCCGAGAUGGCGACGUUCGUCGAGCAGUACAAGGCGCAGUACAGCGACUACGGCGACAAGCGCAAGGAGACGAUCGCGUUCCAUACGCAGCGUGUGCGCGACCUUCUUUUGCCGACGCAAGUCACCAAGAUGUGUCUCUACUCGGUCGAGCAAGGCGACUUUGUGAGUAUGAAGAAGAAGCAGGCGGCUGUCGCGCUCGAGUCAGCUGCGCACAUGGACCACAUCCAGGACGAAGCGCCGUCCAACCUCUGGGCGAUUCUCGCCAAGGAGCUCGACAUCUCAGAGGCCCAGCAGCGCCAGAUCUUUGCGCGUCGCGAGAAGAUCAAGUACCUCCGCGAGAACCUCAACAAGAACCUCGGCAUCCUCCGGUCGUUUGAGAUUGCAACCCAAGAGAAGAACGAGACGCUGGAGGCCGAAGUCGCGCAACUGCAGACGAUUUUGACACCACACCAAGCGACGCGCUUCAUCAUCUGGGUCAAGGAGAACCCGGCGUUCAUGUAUAUGCUCGACAAGCUCGUGCAGUCGAUCAUCCACGGCACGGACGACAAGCCCGCGCCCGCAUGA